CAAAAAUGGCGAAGUUUUGUUCAGUGUCAGUUUUGUGAAAAUGAAAAAUAAAUAAAAAAUGUUUGGAACUGUAAAAUUCUAUUAUGUUUUAAUAACUGUUCUAUACAUUAAAAUACAAAUAAGCACAGGGGAGGUAGAGCCACCAUUCCUAGCCCUGUACAGUCCUGGGGAGCCAGAAUAUGCUGAGGUUUUGGUGCAUCGGAUUGGUGAAAAUUUAACUCUGGUGUGUGAGCUCAAAGGAGAUCCCUCACCGAGGGUCUUUGUUUGGAACUAUGUUAAUGACAACGGAACUGAUGGUGGGAGAACAUUUACUGUGGAGCCGUCCAGAUCAACCCUCAACAGUACACUGCGGAGGAAUUCUCUGCAGGUGUCCGACAGUGGGCAGUACAUGUGCUCAGCGCCACCUUUCAGUGUCACCAAGUAUAUUCUAGUUCAACCAAAAGGUGCAAUAAAAUGCGCGCGCGGUGCACUGACGUGCGGCAAGCGGUGCGUGCUCGCGACGUACGUGUGCGACGGUCGGCAGGACUGUCUCAACAACGAGGACGAACUCCCGCCGCUGUGCGGACCGCUGCCGUGUGCGCGUGUGGAUCGUCUGAACUGCUCGUCCGGGCGCUGCGUGCCGGAGGCGGCGUGCUGCCGGCGCGGCGACCCGCUAUGCAAGCAGCCCUCCUGCUGCGACGAGCAACCGCGGUACGCGCGUCUGCCAGGUUAUGUGGAGGUGGAAUAUCCGCCGCUGUUCGAGGACCGUCACGCGCCCGACGACUACGGGUUCAUACAGUCCACUAUAUACACAGUUACAGCGUGCGCAUUGAUCUUCAUGGUGGCGGUGGUGCUGCUGGUGUCGGCGCUGUGUAAGAUGCACAUGAAGCGGGCGGCGCUGCGAGGGUACGCGCUCGCGCACCGCCGGGCCAGGGACCACUACGCCGCGCGUUUCCCGCCGAGGUACGAGGCCGCCAACCUGCUAGAGCCAGGCGCGCCGCCCGUCAUACACCCGUUGCAGGAGGGCAGCGCGGUGGGGAGCCCCGCGCUCAGCCCGGACUCGGAGGGGCCGCAAACGCCGGUCUCCAGCUUCGGCCUCGCGCGACUCUCACACAUAUUCUCGCGGUACAGACAGGUGCCGACGACUGUGUGCGACGUGGAGCUGCGCACGGUGCGCGGGCCGACGGGGUCGGCGGGGUCGUCGCCCGCGCGGGAGUUCCGCUCCCCCGCCUCCCACCCCGACCUGUACCUCGCCCCCGCCGCGCUCGAGGCGCCGCGGGGGCGCCCGCUCACGCUGCAGCUCGGCCGCUUCCAGCUCAGCCUGCCGCGCCUGCGCCCGCGCCCCGACACGCCCGACGUCGACGACCUCGACCUCGUGCGCCUCGCCACCGACACCUACACGCUCAACGGCCGAACCGUCCGCCUGCUCGGCGCCGACUUCGAGAACUACCCCGCGCUCGACCAUCGCCCGCCGCCCUACAACGAGGCCGUGCGCUACAAGACGUGCGGCCCGCCGCCCGAGUACCUCAGCCGCGAGGGCAUCGACCGCAGCGCCAGCUACAGCACCACCGAGAGCGAGGCGCGCAACAACGUCGAGAUGCCGCCCGGCUACGACGAGCUCGCCGCACGCGCGACCGACAGGGAGAACAACAACGGCGCCGUCGCCCGGGAGUCCGACGACAGCCGCAACAACAACGCCGGGGCCUCGCCCGCGACGCCGCCCGCCGCGAGCGACGCGCUCGAUAACAGUGAUAUAGUUUUUAAUAGUACCGACAACUGCCGGCCCUCCCCGCCCUCGCCGCCGUCCCCCGCGCGCGCCGUCCCCGAGAGUAUACACUCCGUCAUAGAGAGCCUGCCCGCCAUCGACAGCGACAUCAACGCCAACGACACGCGCUACGUCCUCGCCGACUAGCUCCCCGGUAUGAUGAUUUAUUCGUCUCGUAUCUCUCCAGUACUUACGAAGGAUUAAAAUUAACGUAGGAUAGCUAGUACUAAUAUUAUACGUAAGGAUAAUAUGGAAAUUAGGUUUAUUUGUCGCUCCUGCGAGGUUCCAGAUGUAGCUUGUGGCAGUACUCGAACCUGCUCGUUUGCCUCGUUUACUGUCGUGGUGAAACUUGCAAAUAAAUUAAAUAGAUUGAACUUGUGCUGUUACCGUAAACAUAGCAAGGAGAACUUCGCACAAACGAAAUUAAAAAAUAUCUACCUCAAAAACGUUGUA